AUGUUUUUGUCGUUGGGAACAGGCCCUGGACACUGUCAGCGGAGAACGGAGAGAGCGGGCGAUAUGGCUUAUCCUCUGCAGCCUGAAGUGGAGCAGGUGGUGCAGGAAGUGAAGCAGGUGGUGCAGGAAGUGGAGCAGGUGGUGCAGGAAGUGAAGCAGGUGGUGCAGGAAGUGAAGCAGGUGGUGCAGGAAGUGGAGCAUGUGGUGCAGGAAGUGAAGCAGGUGGUGCAGGAAGUGGAGCAGGUGGUGCAGGAAGUGAAGCAGGUGGUGCAGGAAGUGAAGCAGGUGGUGCAGGAAGUGAAACAGGUGGUGCAGGAAGUGGAGCAUGUGGUGCAGGAAGUGAAACAGGUGGUGCAGGAAGUGGAGCAGGUGGUGCAGGAAGUGGAGCAGGUGGUGCAGGAAGCAGGGAGAGCCACUUCCUGUUGUGGAGAGACCUUUAAAGGGUUUGCUUUUCCUUCAGUGCUGCCGCAGGAAACAUCAGGACUUUGCCCCUGGGUCCUGGUCCAGCCCCCGCAGCUGCAGCACCUCCUGCUGCUGGAGUCAGUCGAAGAUGCUCUCGGCUCCAGUCUCACUUCUCUGCAAAGCGCUUUCUCAGACGGACUUCACCCGAGGCUCAGUGUGACGGACCCGGACAUAGGUUCAGGACCCGAGCAUAGGUUCAGGACCCGCUGGAACUUUACGAAGCGAAAUGAGUCGCGUUUGGAUGAACUUUGA